UCCAGCUCCAGGCUCCCUUCAGCGUCUCCAACACAUCGGCUCUGAAGCCUCUAAUCCAGGAAUAACACCCUCAAGGAAGGUAUUCUCACGGAGUAACCUGCUGAGACGCGUUCAGGUGUUCGCAUAGCCAAGUCGCAGGGCUUCCUUCAGUCACUACUGAUAUUUGCCACUCUUGUGCGAGCGAGCUAGAAGGAUUUCAACGCAGACUGAGAAAUCGGCUUGCGCCUUCACCUUUGCAGCGUUGGUUAUCGCGCAAGGGAGCCCAAAUUGUCAUUCUUUUUGACAUUUGGGGCGGAACGGUUGUCCUCACAAAGGUAAAGCUGUGAUAGCCUUUGGGUUUAUGAACACUUGAGCGCAUCUACUUGUACAAUCCCAAAACAGUGGCCACGGACUCCUGUGCUCUACCCCAGGCUUAACCGCGUGCCACUACCACACCUUUUUCAUCCUCUUUGCGUCUUUGGACCGGGCAUCAUUGAAAACAAACCGGCAAGGUGUAUUCGCCGUUGUUUAUUCGCGCUUGCGCAUCCCAACAUAACCUUAAAGUCUCCUAUAAAUCAAUCAAGAAGCGCCAUACUGAGCGUCUGAGAACAAAAGAAAAGGUAAAGAAGAUGGCGACUUUUGGGCCUGGAGUUCGCACCGAGGCUGCGCCGAAUUUGUGGAAGGAGAAUCUUGCAGCACGCUUAAUCUGCCCAGAAUGCAAGGAGAAUCCCCCUAAUCUGCGGACACCUGACUCUCAUGAGACGAUAUGCGGCUCCUGCGGCCUGGUUCUUGCGGAUCGAGAAAUUGAUCAGCAUUCAGAGUGGCGCACGUUUUCAAACGACGAUCAAAAUAACGAUGACCCAUCUCGUGUCGGAGAUGCUGCCAACCCGCUUUUAAAUGGCAACCAGCUCGAGACCCAAAUUUCAUAUGGGCAAGGCGGCGCUAAGACACGCGAGCUGCAUCGUGCUCAGAAUAAAAUGUCAAGUGAGAAGACUAACAGAGCGUUGCUGGCGGCAUACAAGGAGAUUGGAGCACUCUGUGACGGUUUCAAUAUUCAGAAGAACGUUGCCGACACUGCCAAAUACCUCUUCAAGGUUGUAGAUGAUGCAAAAGCAUUUAAAGGCAAAUCUCAAGAUGUUAUUAUUGCUGGAUGUAUUUUUAUCGCCUGUCGUCAGUGCAAGGUUCCGCGAACCUUUACCGAGAUUUUCGCUUUGACACGGGUGUCAAAGAAGGAGAUCGGGAGGAUCUACAAAGCUCUGGAAAAAUUCUUCACUGCGCAGAACUUGGAGAGGAUCAACUCUGUAGUUUCGAGUGGAGGGGUGCCAGAUCCCAACGAAACCUAUACCGCAACUACUUCUACCAAGCCAAGUGAUCUCUGCAACCGUUUCUGCAACUUGCUUGAUCUGCCUUUCCAAGUCACGAACGUGUCAUCUGCGCUUGCUGACCGAGUUACCUCUAUGGGCGACCUCGCAGGUCGCUCACCUUUGUCAAUCGUCGCUGCGUCAAUAUAUAUGGCAUCCUUUUUGAUGGGCCAAGGCAAAUCAGCGAAAGAAAUUUCCGCCGUUGCCCACGUUAGUGAUGGCACAAUACGUGGUGCAUACAAGCAGCUCUAUGCUGAAAGGGAGCGGCUAAUAGAUCCUGCUUGGAUCAAGGAUGGCAAAGGUGAUAUGAAAAAUCUUCCGCCCACUUAGACCACGAGCGGAAAACGACCGUCCAUCGGCGAAUACUCGUGGAAUUUUGAAAUAUACAUUUCACGAAUUCGCCGUUGGUUUCUUCGUGGUGUCUUGUCGCUUUUGGCAUUGCUCCCCGGGAAUCCGCCUUCAGCAUCAGUUCACACCGCCAAUUAGCUGAAAAUAAUUUUGAAUAUCUGAAGUGUGGGUGUUGAAAACACACAUGUGGGGAAAAAAACUCCCAAUGAAAUUGAGAACCGAGCUAUUGAAUUCUAACUUUUGAUACCGACUGCUUGUAAUAAAAGAAAAGGAGCAGUGUCCGAGAGUUGGUCGAAGAAACGUUUUUGCCAUGAUUCCUAUUUGAAAUGAAUCGACAACUCUU